UUUCUGUAAACACGUGGAGAUCAUCAUAUCAACAUAUCGAAUUACAUAUUUAUAAAUUUCAACUUCUGAUUAAAUGUGAUUCUAUUGAGACUGGUUUGUGGUCAUUAACAUUGAUAGAGUUAUGAAUAUAAAGGAAAUAUUUUUCAUUUUUCUUUUUUGUGUGACACAAGUGGAACAGACUCGUGUUGUCCUUCCCAAGAAUCAGUACAACCCGCUUUGUAACGAUGAGAAAGCUAGUAUCAUAGACUGUUAUUAUUAUGAAGGAGUCAAUAUAGCCAAUCCAGCAUCAUACAUCAUGGCCAGUCCUCACUUCUUUCCUGUGUGUGCACUUAGCAACAUGACUAGACUUCUAGAUUGUUACAAUAAAGUUAUUGACGAAUGUCCCGACUACAGAGACAAUGGUCCAGACAUUGUAACCAAAGAUGCAUUCAAAGCCUUCAUAAUAGGAACGUGUAAAAAUAAACAUGUUUAUGAGAAAGGUAUGGAAUGCAUUGGGAACCGGGAAUACUUGAUUAAUGAGUACAAUAACAAGUUCUGUGUAUCUCCAUCUGUAUACCUAGAUAAUGUAUGGGAUGCUUAUAUACAAAUGGGAGACUGGACCUGGGAGAAAUACUGCAGAAUGAUGGACGAAGGAAUAGAAUGUUCUAUAACAAACGCAGAACAGUUCGGAUGCCCUCAGAGCUUCUACGAUUUCCUUCGAUACUCCUCGUAUAUCCGAUUACCUACAGAAUGCCAGAAGCCAAAUACUACAAAUUAUCAAUGGAUUCAGCUGUAUACCCAACUACCAACCACACUGAACUCAACAGGCGAAUUAACAGCUGAUACAGGAACAAACUCUGCCACUGCGAUUAAUGUAUCAUUUUUCUUAGUAGUUGUCGGUGCAGUUUUAAAUGCGAGAUUAUAUUAACUGAAAAUACACAGUGUCAUGAUUUAUAUAUAA